AACUCUUAUAAGAGCUUCUCAAAGAAAAAGUUAGAACUUUUAUUUCUCAUAAAAAAAAAAGGGAGACUCCGCUGUUCGAAGAGAAGAGCUUAACGGAGAUGGGGCAAAAAGGGUAUCAAUCACCGGUGAAGAAACUGUUGUCAUGGGUUCAAAAGCAAUCAAAGAAAGUGAAAAUCGUUUUGUUUAUCAUCACGGUGAUUACUCUAUUGGUGACUCUCAAGAUUGCCGUUCACGAUCACAACUAUUUUUUUGUUAUGGCUGAAGCUAUUCAUUUGAUUGGGCUCUUGAUUUUGAUUUACAAAUUGACAACCCUCAACACUUGCUCUGGCCUUUCAUUGAAGACUCAAGUGCUUACAGUUAUAUUUUUGGCUGUAAGAGUAUACUGUAGUUUCAUCAUGGAAAGAGAUAUCCACACUGUGUUAGAUCUUAUCACCCUCGUGGCAACAUUGUGGAUUAUAUAUAUGAUGAAGUUCAAGCUAAAGACAUCGUACAUGGCAGAUCUGGAUAACAUGUCCUUAUACUAUGUGAUAGUUCCUGCCGCAGUUUUGGCCUUCUUUGUCCAUCCUACUGUAAAAAGUUAUAUUCUGAUAAAUCGAAUGCUUUGGGCUUUUUGCGUGUAUCUGGAAUCCAUAUCAGUGUUGCCUCAGCUUCGCUUGAUGCAAAAUGUUCAGAUACUUGAGCUAUUUUCAGCCCAUUAUGUUUUUGCAUUGGGCAUUGCAAGGUUUUUGGGUUGUGCUCAUUGGAUUAUUCAGGUUUAUGACAAUGUUGGAUCACCAAUUUUCUUGGAUGAACGUAGUUUCUUAUGGAUACCUAUGGUCUUUUUAGCAGAAAUGGUUCAAACCUUCAUUUUGGCUGAUUUCUGUUAUUAUUACGUAAAGAGUGUUAUGAGCGGCCAAUUGAUCAUUCGUUUGCCAGUGCCUGUGUAAAAGGAUGUAAUAUGAUUUUGUUGAAUAAUUCUGAAGUUAUUAUGUGAUAAUGAAAUUCUCAAGUUCUUAUUUUGGAGAUUUUUGAAAUCUC